AUUCUAUUUUACGAACUUAUGGGCGAUCCAACAUCCAACGUGAAUGACGCAGUUCUCAACUCACAAGAAUUGUUAGCAGACGAAACUUUGCAAAUAACACCUUUGGGAGCAGGAAAUGAAGUGGGUCGGUCUUGUGUCUUACUUACUUACAAGAACAAGACCAUCAUGUUCGAUUGUGGUGUUCAUCCCGCCUAUUCUGGUUUAGCUUCACUUCCUUUCUUUGAUGAAAUGGACCCACGUUCCAUCGACCUUAUUUUAAUAACUCACUUUCAUUUGGAUCACUGCGCAGCGUUGCCUUAUCUGUUGGAAAAGACCAACUGUAAUCCAAACGCCCGAGUAUUCAUGACGCAUCCUACCAAAGCCAUUUACAAAACACUGUUGAGUGACUUUGUUCGAGUAAGUUCCAACGAAGACGUUCUCUAUUCCGAACAAGAUUUAUCGAGAACCAUGAAAAGAAUCGAAACCCUUGAUUAUCAUCAAGAAAUGAACUGGAACGGUAUUCGUUUUUGGGCGUAUAACGCGGGACAUGUAUUAGGAGCUGCCAUGUUCCUAGUAGAAAUUGCUGGAGUUCGAGUCUUAUAUACGGGAGACUUUUCUAGACAAGAAGAUAGACAUUUGAAAGAAGCAGAGAUACCACCAUUUCCUCCAGAUAUUAUAAUAGUAGAAAGUACAUAUGGGGUUCAAGUACAUGAACCACGAAAGAUUAGAGAAGCUCGAUUUACACAAAAAGUAGCCGAAAUUGUUCGAAGAGGUGGCAGAGUAUUGCUUCCAGUAUUUGCUUUGGGACGUGCUCAAGAGUUGUUGUUGAUUUUGGAGGAGUAUUGGGAAGCUCAUCCGGAUUUACAAGAUAUUCCUAUUUAUUAUGCUUCUUCUUUAGCUAAGAGAUGUAUGUCGGUAUAUCAAACAUAUAUCAAUAUGAUGAACGAUAAUAUAAGGAAACGUUACGAAGUCUCCAAUCCUUUUGCAUUCAAAUAUGUAUUGAAUGUAAAGAACAUUCAAGAUUUUGAUGAUUCGGGUCCUUGUGUGUUUAUGGCAUCUCCUGGAAUGUUACAAAGUGGUCUUUCCAGAGAACUAUGUGAAAGAUGGUGUACGGAUAGAAGAAACGGAAUCAUAUUGCCUGGUUACUCAGUUGAAGGAACUUUGGCCAAACAUAUAUUAUCUGAACCUUCCACUAUAACUCGUUUGGAUGGAAAGGAAGUACCAUUACGUUGUAGUGUCGAUUAUAUUACAUUUUCUGCUCAUUCUGACUUUCUUCAAACAAGCGAAUUUAUCGAUCGUUCGCGUUCAGGUCAUAUUGUUUUGGUACAUGGCGAAAUGACUGAAAUGGGAAGGCUUCGAAAUGCUUUGGACUUGAAAUACAACAAAGGACAAAGUGUUCCGAAUAUUCGUAUCUAUACUCCUAAGAAUUGUCAAACGGUUCGCCUCACUUUUCGAGCAGAAAAAGUUGCCAAAGCGAUUGGAGAAGUAGCGAAACGGAAACCUGAAGAUGGUGCUAGUAUGUCAGGUAUUUUGGUAAAGCGAGACUUUAACUAUACUUUGAUGAGUCCUAAUGAGUUGAACACUUAUACUGGUUUGAAAGUGAGUCGAAUACAACAGCGUUUGGUUGUUCCAUUAAAGAAACCAUUUUCUCAACUUGCUACUGAAUUGAAUCACUUAUUGGAAGGCACAGUAUUGGAUAUAGAUGAAGAAACGAAAAGACCUCAAUUGGAUAUUUUGGGAGCCAUUCAAGUGACUCUUUUAGAAGAUGGAGAAUCGGCAUCUGUGGAAUGGUGUACCAAUUAUGCCACCGAUAUAUUGGUGGAGAAUAUUGUCUAUCUUUGUAUAACCCAUUCGAUAACUUCAGCGCCUGUAUUGGCCAUGGAUGCUGUUUCUGUAUAUCGCAGUAAACAGUCUUCAUCGUUUGAAGAAGAGGAAAAAGAUGAAGACUUUCUAUACUCUGCUUUAUCGAUGAGUAGGAAAUUGUUAGAAGAACGUUUUGGUGCAUUGCAAGUGAUAGACGAAGACAAGUCCCGUUUUCAAGUGGAUAGCAUAGAUGUUAUCGUAGAUCAUCGACGUGGCAUUGUGGAAUGUGAACAGCACAACAUCAGAGAGAGAGUAGAGUUGGCUUUAAGAAGAAUUUACACUAUCAUGUUUCCUAUUCCUGAUUACUUUUGUGAAUGUUGUGGUUGUUGAUGUUUUAUUAUUUUAUCUGGUCACCAUCCGUUGUAUCUGGUUGAUAUAUGGCUCUAGAAGUGUUGGUUUCGGAUACUAUCACGGCAGAUAAUAGCGGAAGUUGAGGCUUGAGUUGUUGAUAUAUCCAUUGAGCAAUAAACUCCGAAGUUGGAGAAUCGGUUUCCAAUGUUUCGUUAAGGCAGUAGUGGUCCAAAUAUUUUUCUUUCAAGUCUUUACAAACGACAGAUAUACAACUGAAAUCAGUCAACAUAUUUUUCUUCGGUCCUUGCGUUUCCAAUUGCUUUCCACUCAACCGUACAGUGACCUGAUAAGAGUGUCCAUGUGGUCGACUACACUUUCCGUCGUGAUAAGUUAAAUAGUGCAUUGCUUCAAACGUAAAACUCUUCUCCAACCAAAAGGUCAUGCUUCAUGACUUGCACCGAAAUCAAUCAUUCCCUAACGUCGUCUCUC